UAGACCAAUAAACCCUGGAGCCCAAGAUAGUCUGUAACAAUUUGGGAUUGGAGGAACAUUGAAGAGAAUACCAAGUUGCUGACACUUGAAGCUGAUAUAUAAUCACAAUUUUUGAUAGAAAGAUGGAAUCUUUGGAAAAUUCAAGCUUCAAAGUGUCCUCAGAGAUGGAGAAACUGCUUUGUGAGAGGCUUUUAGAUGAGAAUCAACCAAUUUCUGAGCGUUUUAGAGCACUCUUUUCUCUCCGGAAUCUUAAAGGCCCUUUACCCAGAAACGCCCUUAUUCAAGCAACAAGGGAUUCUUCAAAUCUACUGGCACAUGAGGCUGCAUUUGCCCUAGGUCAAAUGCAAGAUGUAGAAGCUAUCCCUGCUCUGGAGAAUGUUCUCAAUGACAUGUCAUUGCAUCCUAUUGUACGCCAUGAGGCUGCUGAAGCUCUUGGGGCUAUUGGUUUGCGGAGCAAUAUUCCACUUCUGCAGAACAGUUUAGAUUGGGAUCCAGCUCAAGAAGUCCGAGAGACAUGUGAAUUGGCUCUUAGUCGGAUCGAAGGAUUGCCCAAUCAUAGUGAAAGUAUUGAAUCAUCCACUAUUGGAGCAUCGCCCUUUCUAUCAGUUGAUCCAGCGGCCGCUUCUUCUGGUUCUUCUGUACAUCAAUUAAGGGAAGUUCUUUUAAAUGAAGACAAGAAAAUGUAUGAGCGGUAUUCAGCACUUUUUGGCCUUCGAAAUCAUGGUGGGGAUGAAGCAAUAGCUGCUAUUGUCAAAGCUCUAGGUGCAAAUAGUGCUCUUCUUCGACACGAGGUUGCUUACGUCUUGGGCCAACUACAAAACAAAAGUGCUACAGAUGCGCUUUCCGGUGUACUUAAGGAUGUUAAUGAGCAUCCGAUGGUUAGGCAUGAAGCAGCUGAAGCUCUCGGUUCUAUAGCAGAUGGUCAAUGUAUAGCUCUUUUAGAGCAAUUUGCAAAAGAUCCAGAGCCUAUUGUUUCACAGAGCUGUGAAGUUGCUCUCAGCAUGCUGGAGUUUGAAAAGGAGGGGAAAUCAUUUGAGUAUCUCUUCAUGCAGACACCUCAAAUGCCGCAAGCAUUUUGAUUUGGGUAGCUGAUUUGUAUGGCUCCCUGACCUGAUUAAAGGAUGUAAUACUAAUUAAGCACAGUAUUGCUGCCUCAGACCAGUUGUUGGUUUGAUGAUGUUUCUAUCCUGUUGUUUAGAUUAUUAUAAAUCACCACAGACUAGCUAUGGUUAAUAUUGACUAUUGAGAAGAGAGUGCCAGCUUCAAUUUUUCUCCAUAUAGUUUUCUUCUAAAGUUUGUUUACAUGAGUCUAUCAUGCUGGUCUGUUGAAGAUUGUGUAGUCAGAGACUUAGAGUUCAGAAACUUGUUGGGUUGAUCA